GAGGCGGCGCUGCCGAGCGCACAGCCGCCGGAGCGCACAGCCGCCGAGCCCGCCGCCCAGCCCGCAGCCCUCGCAGCCCCGCACAGCCAUGUUUCAGCCAGCCGGCCACGGCCAGGACUGGGCCAUGGAGGGCCCGCGGGACGGCCUGAAGAAGGAGAGGCUGGUGGACGACCGCCACGACAGCGGCCUGGACUCCAUGAAGGACGAGGAGUACGAGCAGAUGGUGAAGGAGCUGCGCGAGAUCCGCCUGCAGCCGCAGGAGGCGCCUGCGGCCGCCGAGCCCUGGAAGCAGCAGCUCACGGAGGACGGAGACUCGUUCCUGCACUUGGCCAUCAUCCACGAAGAGAAGACCCUGACCCUGGAAGUGAUUCGUCAGGUGAAGGGAGACCUGGCCUUCCUCAACUUCCAGAACAACCUGCAGCAGAGUCCACUCCACUUGGCCGUGAUCACCAACCAGCCAGGAAUUGCUGAGGCACUUCUGGAAGCUGGCUGUGAUCCUGAGCUCCGAGACUUUCGAGGAAAUACCCCUCUCCAUCUUGCCUGUGAGCAGGGCUGCCUGGCCAGUGUGGGAGUCCUCACACAGACCUGCACACCCCAGCAUCUCAGCUCCAUCCUGCAGGCCACCAACUACAAUGGCCACACGUGUCUGCACCUAGCCUCGAUCCACGGCUACCUGGGCAUCGUGGAGCAUUUGGUGUCACUGGGUGCUGAUGUCAAUGCUCAGGAGCCCUGCAAUGGCCGAACGGCCCUCCAUCUCGCAGUGGACCUGCAGAAUCCCGACCUGGUCUCGCUCUUGUUGAAGUGUGGGGCUGACGUCAACAGAGUCACUUACCAAGGCUACUCUCCGUACCAGCUUACAUGGGGCCGGCCGAGUACCCGGAUACAGCAGCAGCUGGGCCGGCUGACCCUGGAAAAUCUUCAGCUGCUGCCGGAGAGCGAGGAUGAGGAGAGCUAUGACACAGAGUCGGAAUUCACGGAGGAUGAGCUGCCCUACGAUGACUGUGUGUUUGGAGGCCAGCGUCUGACAUUAUGAGUGGAAAGUGUCAAAAAGAGCACAGACUUGUAUAUUUGUACAAAGCAAGAGUUUUAUUUUUCUAAAAAAAGAAAAGAAAAAAGAAAAAAAAAAGAAGAAGAAAGGGUAUACUUCAUGCCACACUCAUACCGCCUAGCCCCAAGCGUUUUACUGUGGUGAUUCAGCCUUCGUUUUGUUAUUUUUGUGAAAUAUGGGGAAACAGGUCACUGGAAUUCAAAGAAAAUGUCUUUUAAAGUUCGUGUUUGUGGGAUUUUUGGAGGUGAUUUUCCAAAAUCUAAUGAAAGGACCACAUUUUAUUUAUUAUGCCUUUGACUGAACCACCUAGACCUAGUGGCUGAGCCCAGUGUGUCCUGUGUAAGAGCCAGGCGGUCAGUGGUCACUCCCCACUGUGGUUUGUGUCACCCUCCUGUAAAUGUUGUAGAUGGUGUAUUUUGUUGGUAAUUAUUUUGGUACUUCUAAGAUGUAUAUUUAUUAAACAGAUUUUUACAGA